GACAUAGUACUGGUGGUAAGGUGGCCACGCCUCAGUGCUCCUUGGGGUGUGCGACAGGACAGACGGGACAGAGUGGUGCUGUGCGGAGCCCCCGUGCAGCCAACUCUUUCCCUGCUGAUCUGGAGCAUUUUGGAGGUUUUUCUGUGCUGCAAGCGUCCUUGAGGCCAGACCGUGGGACUUGGUGACACGGAGCUUUUGCGAGGUGUCCCCAAUCCCUGCGGCAGGUCCCCUUGAGGCCGCACUGCAGGACUUGCUAAUCUCUAGCAUUUGCUAGGCUUUUCUGUCUUUCAGAUGUCUUCGAGGCCAGACUGCAGGACUUGAUAACCCAUAGCGUUUCUUAGGUUUUUCUCUCUUUCAGGUGCCCUCGAGGCCAGACUGCAGGGAUUGGUGACCUGGAAAUUUUCUGGAGUCUCCAAUCCCUGUGGUAGGUGGCCUCGAGGGCAGCCUGCUGGACUUGGUGACCCGGAGAUCUUCCGAGGUUUCUCUCUCUUGCAGGUGCCCUCCAGGCCAGACUGCGGGAUGGCAGGAAGAUGCCUGAGCCUGCUCAGGUCCUUUCGGAUGAAGAAGAAGAAGAAGGAAGGCCCUGAGACUUCCCCUGCACAGCAGCCUGAGGAGAUGGAGCAGUUGCAUCCCCUGCAGGAGGAUCCAGGCCAGGACCAGACACAGGAGCAGGACCGCGCCCGUGGUCACUUCCGCAGAGCUGAUCAGGCCUUUCUGAAAUUCAUGGGCAUUCAGCAUAGAAAGACCAGGACCUCACCAACUGAGGUCAUGGCACAGCCUGACACAAGGCUCACCAAGUUGACGGCAAAGCCUUGUGUCGGCACUGCACCAACUGAUCACACAACGAAGUCUGACCCCGUGUUGAAUGAUCACACAAGAAACUCUGACACUACACCGAUUGAUCAAAGAAUGAAGUCUGACACUUCUUUGACUGAUGAUACGACAGACGCUUACAGCCCAUCGAUUGAUCGCAUGGCAAUCUCUGACAUCACGUUGACCGAUGAUCCGACAAACUCUGACACUGCAUUGCCUGAUCUCACUGCGGAGGCCGGCACUGCAACAACUGAAGGCAUCACAGACACUGACCCCACGCCCAGUGACAGAAUGAUUGAUUCUCCCAAUUGGGAUUUUUUUGAGGAGAAUGGUGACUCCAGUUCAAAGCAAGUGCCCUCAAGGCCCGACUGUGGGAUGGUAGAGAGAAGCCUAAGCCUGUGUAGGCUGUUCAGGAGGAAGAAGGAGGGCCCUGGGGCUGCUCUAGCACAGCAGCCUAAAGAGGUGGAGCAGUCCCAGCCCCUGCAGGAGGAUCCAGGCCGAGAUAGGACAGAAGAGCAGGACCCUGCCCAUGGCUGCUGGUGCUUUAUAGGCCAGAUGUUUAAGGACUUCAGUGGCACUGCGAAGGCUGAUGUCAGCAUCAGGCCAAAUGAGCGCAUGGCAAACACUGACACCACACCCAAUCAGAGCCUGGUUGAUGCUCCUGGUCUGGACUCUUCUGGGGAGAGAGUUGUCUCUGUAAAAGUGCAGGCCUUCAUGAAGAACAUGCAUCAGAGACUCACAGCCAACAUGUUCCCAGAGAACAGACUGUUCAUGGACAUACUGAGGCUGACCGAUACAUACCCUGCUGAUGUCGCACUGACCCUCCUGCGCUGUGCCCCAUCAUGUGACAGAGCUGCUGCAAUCAUGUGGAGGACCAUAGCCUUGUCUGAAACAACAGUGGUGAGGGUGCUGCCAACACUGCUCUGUGUGAUGGAGGACUGGCCACAGCACAGCGUGUCCACCUCCGAUGAGAACAACAAGGACAUCUUUGCCCUGGCUGCAACCAGAGUGGUUUGGGAAAUUCUCCAGAUGAUCCAGUGCCCAGAGGCAUUGAUGGUAUAUUCCCCCCGUCUCCUUGUGGAUCUGCUCUUCCAAGUCUUCAUCAGCACAGAGCAGAUGCCAGAAGAGGUUGACACCUUCUGGAGGAGAUGCUGGGAGGAACACCGCCUUGCCAGGAACCCUAACAGGUUUGCAGUGCUGACUAUGAAGACCCUACUCUGCCGUCUGCAGUUUGAAAAUAUUGUGAUGGCAAUGGAACGGAAGCGUGGCUGGGACACGCUCCUCAACUCUGACACCCACCACUAUGCAAUGGGUUUGCUGGCCAGGGAGAUGCGCCGUGCCUCGAGCCCCUUGUGUUCCCCGGUUGCCCUCUGCCUGCUGGGGCUGCUCAACAGGGAGAAGCCACGCUGGGAGCUUCCUGCUAUGGCGUUCCUUGUGGAGGUCCUGGUCUACCUGGACGUGACUGAAUGCGGUGAAAGCAUCCUGCAGCUCUUUUCAAGGCACCUACGGAGCGAAUGCAAAGAGAGACGUCGCCUGGCACUCAGAGGCCUCGUGGUGCUAAGCAAGGAUCCUGUGAUGGCUGAUGGCAUGCAGAGCCUGACACAAAGCCUCUUGGACGUACUGGGAGAUGCAGACAGAGAGCUGGUCGGGAUGGCCCUCUCUGUAUUCAUCAAUGAAAUCCAGGACAGAGACAUCCGAAUCUCCACCCCCACUGCCCUGCAGCUGGCUGAGGUGCUCCAGCCACUCUUUGGCAAUGACAACAUCCACACGCAGCUGCUCUCCAUUCACCUCUUCCGAAAGGUGAUGGAGUUGGGAGUGGAUGAGGGAAAACAAUCCCUGAAGACACAUGUGAUGCAGAGCCUGCUCCCACUCUUCUUCUACUGGCAUGAUGAGAACCAGCGUGUGGCAGAGGCCUCUGGGGAAGUGCUGAUUCAUGCACUCAGGUUCCUGAAGAGAAGGGAUCUAGAGCAGCUGGUCAAGAAGAAGCAACCGUGGAGGUUCGGCGAGUGCCUGCUGGAAAAGGACAAGAGAAGAGUGGCUGAGCAUCUGCACCAGGCCCUGCCAUACCUGGAGAGCCCACAGGAGCCCGUGCGAGAGGCAGCCAUCAAGUUCAUUGGUGAGCCACAAG